AUGUUUUUCAUUCACCAUGUUGUUUUUCUCGUUACUAUUGCCAGUUGUGUGAGUGGUAAAGAUGAUAUAUUGCGUACUUAUACUUUACGCAAAGAUUAUUUCAAUGGUAUUAAAGUAGCAGAAUUUUCUGUAUUUGAUAUUUCAAAAAGCACUCUUUACUACCGUAUUGAAUCAAAAUUUUCCAUAUUACCAAAGUUUGAAUUAAUAUCUUAUCCAUCAAAACAAGUUGUUGGUAAACUUGAAGGUAAACUUGGUAAAAUAAAUCUUAGUUUAUUAGAUGAUAAAACUGGUCAAUGGGUAACUGGAACAAUGAAACAACAUGUGACACUCUUGAAACAUUAUCAAUAUAAUAUAGAAUUAAAUGGACGACAAAUUUUAAUGAAAAAAGAACUUUUAUCUUCUCAUACAACUUUUCAUGAUGCAAUUCAAAAUGAUGAAACUCUUCUAGCUCGAUAUCAAAGAGAAUUCUUUUCACCUAUCACCGCAACUACAUAUGGUGUACAAAUUUUUUCGAAUGAAUUACCUGAUGGUCUAUAUCUAUUAGCUCUUGCAUGGACAGAUAUUGGUAAAUCUGAAAGUUACGGACCAAAAAACGGCUAA